CAGCGGACAGAGCGUUGCGUCCCCUAUAAAAGCGAGGGUAGACCAUGGCGGUACCAGUGUGCUCACUGCCGACCAACAUGAACAGCACCGACAAGCUGAAAGUGAUACUCCUGUGCGGCCUGGUGUUGUCGGUCGCAGCCGAGGAGACGAAGAAAGCCGAGUCCAGCGCCCAGCCUAAGGAUGAGAAGUCGAAGCGCGGCCUGGAGCUGAGCCUGGGCGAUCACGGUGGCUUCGGGGGCGGCUUCGGUGACGGCGGCGGCUUUGGUCACGGCGGUCACGAGAUAAUCUCCACCGAUCAUAUCAAGGCGGUGACGGUGACGAAGCACGUGCCGGUGCCGCACCCGUACCCGGUGGAGGUCACCAAGCAUGUACCGUACCCGGUGAAGGUGCCGAUCAAAGUGCCGGUCGACCGCCCAUAUCCGGUCCACGUCCCGCAGCCUUACCCGGUCGAAGUGACGAAGCACGUGCCCUACCCAGUGGAGAAGCCGGUGCCCUACCCGGUGAAGGUACCCAUCAAGGUGCCCGUCAAAGUGCCCUACCCGGUCAAGGUACCGGUCAAGGUCCCGGUCGAGAUAGCGAAACCCGUGCCCUAUCCCGUGAAGGUACCCGUGGUCGUGAAGGAGCCGUAUCCGGUGGUGGUGAAGCAUGAGGAGCACGGCUUCGGCGGCGGCGGAUUCGGCGGCGGUGGAUUCGGCGGAGGACACGAUUUCGGCGGUGGACACGAUUUCGGCGGCGACUUUGGCGGAUUCGGACAUCAUUGAGAGAUGAAGAGAGAGAGAGAGAGAGAGAGAGAGAGAGAGGGAGAGAGUAGAGAGAAAGACCAAGUGGACUGCGGUAGAGAACGGGGACGUCUUUUCCCUUUUCUGUCUGACGGCGAACGACUCGCGAUGCACGGCUCGUUCCACAGGGACGCGACCGGUCGUCGAGGGAUCGAGGAGCGACCGGCGGAACGGCCACGUCGUUCUAGUAGGAGUCUACGCAAUGCACCGAUAUUGUAUUCAUUGUGAUCCCGUCCUCGAGUUGUACUAUACACCCCGUAAAUGUAACGACGAAUAAAAUAAUUUUCCUUUUGUACGCAACGACUGAUUAUGAAACACGAGCGUGACGCAUCAGAGCGAGAAGACGACGAGGAGGAGGAAAGGGUGAGCGGAGGCAAAGAGUCGAGUUAGAGCGACGCGUUAUGCGAUUAUGAGGAAUUGCGAGAGGGGGAGAGGGGGACAACUUUCACCCGCCCGAGGUAUUACGCGAGUUGCACCAAAGAGAGGUACACUUGUUUCACACACCGUAAAACGUAUAUAUGCCGUUAGAAAAACAAGCGUCACUUGCGGUAGGAUCGCGUUCGAGUAAACGGUACUGCGCUAAGACCACCGACGAGGACGACGAGGAAGAGAAGGAGACGAGGAGGGGGGAGGAGGGGGGAGAAGGAGGAGAAACAGACGGGAGGGAAAGCGACGUAAAUGUCAGAGUGUGUGCGAAAAUCGCGGAUCGCGCGCGACCAGUAAACACGUGUAUAUAUCCGCGAAUAUCCUCUCGCCUCUCUCUUUGGCCGGCCACGGCUAACAGAUUAAUCUCGCGGCACUUUCGACACACGCAUCAUUACGCGCUACCGUGCACGACGUAUGCGCACCUUGCGCCACAAAGAUUCGGCCCGACGAGGCGACCACCUAUCGCCGCUCGUUAAGUCGUCAAUUGCGUCGUUCAUAUUUCCUUUUUCUUUUUGGUUCUCGUUGCCCUCCUCUCUUUUCCGCGGUAUUCGGUAAUCGAAUGUUUCUCGAAUGCGUCGGCAAGUGCGUAAAAGUCCGAAGGGGUUGUUGCUAAAGCAACGCGCGCGAACGAUUUCGAAACGUGCAGCCGUUCACGCACCGCGCGCGCGCGCGCGCACGGGAUUUGCGACACAUCCAGCCGAUAUACCGAUAUAUCCUUACUUACGGACGGACACGCAUAAUCGCAUGAAUAAUCGUGCGUCGCGGACACUUGCUUCGCGCUCGAUAUACUCCGAAACGCGCGAUUUAUGCAACUCAACACUGUGCACACACAUUUCCCCGAUGUAAACCUAGUAUGUGGAAAUACUGAAAUAAACGUUUUUUAACGUAA